UGGAGCAUCAGCCCAGCGGCAGGGCCUUUGGGGGCUCCCUGGACGUGGGGUCUGCCUGGCUGCAGCUGCAGCUGUGAAGAGGGUCAACAAUGUCAUCUGAGCCUCCCCCACUGGCACCUGCACAGCCCCCCACUCAACAGCCAUCAGGGGGGCUGCUGGAGGCCCCUCGGAACACAGCGCGCUCCCCAUCCCCCCUGCGAGACAACGUGGUCCCAAGCCCCCUGCCCACCCGCCGGACCAGGACGUUUUCUGCGACGGUGCGGGCUUCCCAGGGCCCUGUCUAUAAGGGCGUCUGCAAAUGCUUCUGCCGGUCCAAGGGCCAUGGCUUCAUCACCCCUGCAGAUGGCGGCCCCGACAUCUUCCUGCACAUCUCUGACGUGGAAGGAGAGUACGUCCCAGUGGAAGGCGACGAGGUCACCUAUAAGAUGUGCUCCAUCCCACCCAAGAAUGAGAAGCUGCAGGCUGUGGAAGUGGUCAUAACCCACCUGGCGCCAGGCACCAAGCACGAGACCUGGUCUGGGCACGUGGUCAGCUCCUAGGAGGCCUGGGAGUGCUCACUCCUUCUCCUGGGCUGGUGGGAGACUUCGUGGGACGAGGCGGGGCCACAGUGAAGAUGACAUUCUCCUGCACAAGAUGGGGCUUCGAGGGUGGGACAUGGCCCCUUUCAAGUGCCCCUGGAGGAAAGGGACCUGAGGGCAGACAUGGGGUGCCCUCAGCCACCAGCACAGCCUCCACCAUCACCUCAACAAGCUCUUACCAUCUGAAAAGCAUUAAACGCAUUUGAAAAGGAGAGGUGCCCCUAGUGGCUGAGUGGAGAGAUCCAGCUCCAGACCAAGGGUGGGUUGCAGGCCAUUUUUCUCAGCAGCCCAGAGCCCCUCUUCUUCCUUUAAGAAGGAGACAAAAUCCCCAGAUCUGUGUGGCCCAUCACGGGUGACUUGCCCAAGGUCAAUUUCAUCUAGUGUCCCUUGUCGCUGCUGGGGCCAGGGCAGAGCAGUUUGUUAAUUCUCUCCUUGGUUGGUUAAAGGGGAUCUGGCUUCUGGAUGUGGGGGACUUUCAGAUUGAGACUUUGUGUUUUGGUACCUUGUAUAGGGCACCACCAGCCUGCCUGGGAAGAUGGUUCCUUGAAGACAGUGAUGGCGAACCUUUUAGAGCUCGCUGUAUCUCCUCACCCACCCCCCCAUAGGUUUGCUAUCACUGUAGGAGCUCCAGCGAGGGGCCUGCAGUGCACUGGGCUGACCCUGGGCCUUUUCAUGUUUCCUGGUUGAGUGGUCCCCACUCAGCAGCCAUUGAAACCUUGUCAUUAAGAUGGCACUUUGGAAUGGCGAUGGGGGUGGAUUACAAGAGGCUGUGGGAGAGGGUCUUCUGGAGGGGGCAAGUUUGUUUAAGGGCAGAAUUUUCCUGGGUCCAUCCAGAAGAGGGUAGGUAGUUCGCUUUCUGAGACCCAGGUAUCGUUAAAAGUUGCAGAAACACUUUUAGUGGUGGUAAGAAAUGCUUAGAGAUUUUUCUGUUUUGCUUUUUAAUAAAGCUUGCCCUCCACAGAACUGGCUGAUAGACCCAUAGGUUUUCUUUUGUAGUGGUUUGGCUUGAUUCUAGGUGUGAUUUGAAAUUAGAAGCAGUUGGGUAGUGUGUUUUGAAAUGUGGCCUAAUCCAGUUAAGGAUGUACAUGUCAGUGUGGGGAGGUGAGCCUGUGAAGUGGUGGCUUGGGAGUUCGUUGGGGGCAUUUUGAUGCGGGAAGCAGUAACGACCUCAGGUGUCUUACAUGUGGGUGUGUUUGGCCUACCUAACAAGGCUGCAUCUGAAGGGAUUGAAGGCUAGAACCUUUUUGCUGAAGACUGGUAGAACUGUUUGAAAAUAAGCACGUUGGUUGGGUGUGUGUGUUAAGUUGCUUUUUUUGUUUUUGUUUUUUUUUUUCUCUCGCCUGCAGUGCCUCUUGAAGGGCACUCCCCCUCCUGCUGGGUCAUGGUAGCCUUGGGUGGCUCCCGGGUGGCGUCUUCCCUGGAUCUCGCCUGUUGAGCACAGAGCACACUUGAAGCCAUUUCUGCCAGGAGGGCUGAGUUGCUUCCUUCCCCUGGCGCCUCUGGCCUUGUCCUUGCCUUGGCAUCUGGUCUCGGUCUGGGGUGGCCCCUGCACUAGCGCCCAGCCGGCUGUGCCCCACAGCUUGGCAGUCACAUUCUGCAGCCAGUGACCUUUGGAUUUUCUCAUUUGGCAGAAUUCUUUGUCAAUAGCUUUCUGGGUGACCACACUUUGUCAUUCCAUGAGCAUUCUAGAACUGCAGGAUAUGGGAGCUGAAAGAGACGGCCCUCUGCUCUCUCUCUCUCAGAGCCUCCAUUUAUCAUGGAUGGGGUGGGACACAGGACUGGGGAUGGAGCUGGGAAUAGAAUACAGGAUUCCUAAAUUUAGAUCUUGCUUGCCAUCAGCCACCUUUCAAUAAAGUUUAUUUGGUGUA